CGGCGUCUUACAUGUGCUACUUGUAUGCUGAAACAGCUGGCACCAACAAGAAUCGUGGACUUACCGUUAAAACUGUCAAAAUUAUCCACCAUAUUUAUAACAGUAAUAACACAGUAAAAUAUCACGUUUUUGUCUGAAAUGAAAAAAUACUAGAAAAAAGUCUAUCCACACUAACUACCAAAAUGAAUCAAGAUUUAAGAACCAAUAUAUAUAAUUUACCCUACAAGUGUCCAAGAUGUGAAUGUCGUAACUUCAAAACAGUUUACCAAUUACGAUCACAUUUAGAAACUGACCAUGUUUUCUUCAACAACAAGCGACAAAGGCCUAAAAUAUUAGACUAUGAUAUUCGUAGAGAUACACUGUCAGGUAGCAAAUCACCAACUCUCAAACAGUUCAUGGAUGAAAACCAUAGACUGGAGGAGGAAUUACGUGAAUUAAAAAAGUCAGAAAAGAUAAAUAAAGUGUUGAGAAGAAGUAGUCAACAAACUGAUUCAAGUGCAAAGUCGCAGAGCAGAACAGAUUCUCCAAGAAGAAGAACUGAACGUUUGGAUCCAGAUUAUCCUGCUAGUAUGUCCUCUGCAGCAUCACCACGGAUACAGUUUAGGCAGAAUAACAUUCAACAUAGUCCCACUUCAGGACAAUUUGAAUUUCCAAGUCCAAUGACUAAUGAUAGAUAUAUGACUGAUAGAGUUGAUUCAUUAAGUCACGAUAUGGAAAAGAGUCGUGAAAACCAAUGGAAGACUUCUGAUGCUCUUUACCAAUCAAAAGAUGUUCUUCAAGGAAUUGAAGUGGCAUCUGAAAUAAGAAAUCAAGAUCAAGCAAAAGUUCUGACAGUGUUAGAUAAAACACUACAACAGCGAUCAGAUGAAUUAGAUAAAGCAUACAAAGAUAUCAACCAGUUAAAGGAAGAAAGAAAAGUUUUAAUGAACCAAGUGGAGAUAAUGACCAAAGAUAGAAAAAAGAUACAAACACACAACACAAGUAAUCCAUCAGAUUUACCAUGUAAUGUUAGAAAUGAGAGUAUUAUUGAUGAUACGGCUAUAUCAUCAAACUCUGUUCCAGAAGAUCUUAUAAAUAAUAUUCAACAGAUGGGUAACCCUGGUUCAACAGAUGUUGGGAGUCAUAGAUCACAAAUAUCUCCAUCAACAGUUCAACCAGCAAGGAAUUUAACUCCUGUGCAACUUCCUGCAUCAUUACCACAAAAUACGAUAAAUAAUCCAUCCUCUUUUCUACCCAUCUUUCAACAGUAUAAUCCAUGGCUGAUGGCAAAUCCAACACCAACUUACCAACCUAUGUUACAACAACCUGUACCAACACAUAUGACAGAUCAUAGAUCAUCUUUCCAACCUGUAAUACAGCCACAGACACAAGGACAGAUGACAUCAAAUUAUACACCACCUUUUCGAACUAUUAUACAGCCACACUUCUCAAGACAGACGAAAAAUUAUACAGUACCUUAUCAGUCUGUGGUUCAGCAGAAUUUACCGGAACAGCACACAAAUAACAGACACUAUCAUCACCCUUUAAUACAGCAGAAUAUUCCAGAAAAUGUGGGAUCUCAGCAGCCUUUGAUACAACAGAAUAUUCCAGGACAUAUUGUGGGAGAUAGCAGGUCUCAGCAGCCUUUGAUACAACAGAAUAUUCCAGGAUAUGUGGAAGAUAGUAGGUCUCAGCAGCCUUUGAUACAACAGAAUAUUCCUUCACAGUUGACAAAUCAAACACCACUCCAGCCUACAAUACAGCAACACACACCAGAACAGAUGACCAGUAACACACAAUCUCAUCAUCCUAUACAGCAAACCUCCUAUGAACAGAUAUCAGAUCACAUAUCCCCUGAACAGUCAACAGAACAGCAUCAUUUACAUCAGAAUCCUGUUCCAACAGUAAAACAGAUACAGCCUAUUUCUGACAGUCCUCAAAUGAUUCCUCAAAGGUUGACAGAUCCUCACAAUGAACAAAUGCCAGAUUCCAAAUUAGAGAUUUAUAAAUUAAAGAUUGCUACACAAGAAGAAGAAAUGGAAAAUAUGAACUCCCAUUUAUCUGUAAUCAAACAAAAAGCGUCCAAAGAAUUAAGGACAAAAGAUUCCCAGUUAGCGACUGCUUUAAGAAGAUCCGAGAAAUUAGAGGAAGAUAGGAAGGUCUUGUUGUUAGAGAUGGAAGAUCUGUUGUCAAAAGCUGGUUUUGACAAUGAAAAACUACGCUAUGAACUUCAGCUUAAAGAAAAGGAAUUGCAGAAUUUAAACCAGAAACUGGAAAGAACCAAACAUGGUCAGGCUCAGAUAGUGUCUGAAACAUUUGAUUUAUAUAAAGAUGCAGAAGGUAACAUAGAAGAAUUGAGAGAGAAGCUGCGCCUGAAAGAAAAAGAAUUGAUGCAAUCAAAGAUGAAAGUGGAGACAAUUAAAAUGGCGCAUGAUAAAGUUCUUGAAGAGAAUGAAUUGGUUGCUAAGGAAGCUGAAAAGUCUGGUCAAACAUUGAAAUAUCUACUGGAUGGUAAAGACAAAGAACUUAAUUCUGUUCAACAAGAAUUAAUAGCAAUAAAAGAGAAAGAAGGGAAGCUACAUCAAGAAAAGACAGAUCUUGAAUUAAAGAUAAGAAAUAGUGAAAAAACACAACAGAAUUUGAAAUUAGAGAUGAAAGAAAAAGAAAGGGACCUAUCUAAUACUAAAAGUGAAUUAGAGAAAGUUCAGACAUAUUUAAAGAAUACAGCUGCUAAAGAAAAAGUUGCUAGAGCGGAGUUAGAAGAUUUUAUAACGGGUUUAAUAGAGAGAUCCGAAAAGGCUGAGAACCAGCUGAAAACACUAAAACUUCAAGUCCAGGCAGAAGAAGAACUGCAAAUAUCUCUACAGGAAGCAGAAGACGAAGCAACCAGAUCUCUUGAAGAACUAGCUGCGGCUAUUCCCAAGAAAAAAAGGGAAAAACCACAAGUUAUUGAAAAGUCACCCAGUAAACCAAAUCUUGUUAAACAAAAAAAAAUAAAGACAGUGAGAUAUUCUGAUGAAGAUCAUAAUCAGCAUGACUCUCAGAAGCCUACUUCAAGAAGAACAAAGUCACAUAAAUAUAACCCUACUUACGAAAGUGAAGACUCACUUUCACCAACUCCACCACCUAGAAAAGAACAUACACAAAAAAGGAGACAAAGUCCUGCUUCAUCACCAGUUCGUUCUUCCAAUAGAGAAUAUGACUCUGAUCACAGACAUGGAAAUCCUAGAGAGUCUGAAUCUUCAAAAUCACCAACAGGAUUAAGUGAUGUUGACAGACGGCCAGAAAAGCCACCAAGAAGAAAUAUUGAAAAAGUUGGCAAAAGAGAUGAACUUCCCAGAAAUACCUUGGCAAAUGAGGAAAGAUAUCAAAAUUAUCCGCGGCAUGGUUCGUAUCAUCAGCCAAAUCAACAAACCUCUUUUAAACCUGUCGAAACUCAAGGAAGAAUGCCAUCAUCAUAUGUCUCUCAACCAGGCUCAGAACCACGUCUUCGCUUGAUAACUCCCAGGCAACCUUUAGAUCCUGGUUCACAAUAUUCAAGUCAAUUAAAUAAUCAGAAUUAUCACAGCCCCUCAAGAUUACAGACUCCAGUAAACCAUAUGGUUAUCAAUAAUCCUCAUCAAAUAUCAAAUGGUUUUAUUGCUCCUUUACCAAUCAAUCAGCAAACAGUCCCGGCAAACUCUGCACAAAUGGUUCCCAUAAACCCAUCUAACAUCCAAAGGCCUUCAUAUGCAGCUAGCCAAAUGCAUCCUUCAUUACAGGAUCCACAUAACCUUGCAAAGGGCAAUGUGCAGCAAUCUGGACAAUUUUCAUCAUUACCAAUGUUAGGCAGUGCUCAAAUAGCACAACAACAUGGAAUGCAAUCCCAGUCACUUCCUGUGAGCCAUAUGACCCAUGGAGCCAACCUUGGGAAUGGUCAGUCCCCGAAACCAGAUAUCACAAAUUUAGAGGACUUGACUCUUCGUGGUAUCCUAACACCAGAAGAACAAACAGCCAUUUUGAGUAGCAGACUCCACAAGGCCAUGGUGCAGCAAGAAUUUCUUACAGGAAAAAAGCCACUUGGUGAUGACGAUUUGAGACUCGUUGAGCUCCAAUCCUCAGAUGACAGUGAACAACAAUUUACAAAAAAGAAAAAGAAACCAGCCAACAACCAAAAAGCAUUGACUUCAUCCCUAGAAAACAGAUUAACAGAUCUAGAGGAGCUUGGUGUACUUGGUGAUCAAAGUCCCACAGAAUAUGAAAAUAUUUCAUCAAAGAAAAAUCAUGGAACAGCAAGAGGAAUAUUAUUAAGUGACAGUAUUGAUGCAACAGGUAAUGAUUUAUCUGUUGAUGAAAAUGGUAUCAUGUGGGAUGAUGCUGGAACAACAACAUAUGCAUCAGAAGAUCUGGAAUCAUACAGGUUUAGCCCAUCUGGUAGUGAAACUGCAGGUGACAUUGAUUCUCACCAACUUUUAUCCAGCUCAUCCAAUAGUAAUAACAGCAACAGUCCUAGAAAUAUUCGUCAAGACACCAUGGGGCAAAGUUUAGACAAGCUAAAUCAAACUCCAAAAGGGAAGGAUUUUCAUGAUAUCCGUAGCAAAAUAUCGCAGCGAAGAGCUGAAAGGGAGGACUUAACUCUUGCCAUAGGUAUUCUGAAAGGUCAAAACAAUUUAAGUACAGAUGACAGUGACUUGUCAGGUUAUUACAAUGACAUACAAAAUAAAUCGAAAACUGGUCGAUAUAAAGGACAAAAACUCUCUCCUUUAGAAGAAGAUUCAGAUGGAUUAUAUAAACAUCGUUAUCCGUCAGCAAGAUUAAAUCAACAAGAUUCAUCAGAAAAUGAAGGUUCUUAUUCUCUUUCACCUGCUAGAAAAUCCAGAUACCUAAUGUCCCAACAAUCAGCCCCAGUCAGUAAUGCGAAAUCUCGUUUUUUAUCAGAUAUGCGCCAAACUUCUCGCUCUCCAUCUCCCAAAAGAUCAGCAAAUCUAACCUCUAGUUCAUAUUCUCCAAUCAGAAGUGAUUCAAGAAGUUAUUCACCAAAUUUGUCCAGCUCUCCUCGAUCCCGAGAGAACAGUUAUCUUGGUUCUGAUUUAGCUUUGAAAUAUGGUGAUCCAAAUAGAAUGAGUCCAAAACCUGCACCCAGAAGUCCAAGUAGAUAUGAACAAUUUUAUAGCAACAGGGUCCAGUCUCCCAACCCUCAUUUACUUGUUACAGAUACUGAUGCUAGAAUGAACCAAAGUUUUUCAUCUAGGCCGAUUUCCCGAAGUCCCUCUCCAUCUAGACAAUUUCAACAGCCUGUGAGAGAAACUAUGGAGAAACAAAACAUCCAGAAAGAUGAAAAGAAGUUUGCUUUUUUGGAUGAUCAAUAUAGAGUGAUUCCAAAGAUGAAUAACAGUCCUACUGUUACCAUGGUACCAGAAACAAAAACAUCAGAUACUGUGCCUGCAGGGGAAAAGAUAGAUGCUGUGACAUCAGAAGAAAGGAUUCCGAACGUUGUCAAGAGUUCAAACCCUGAAAUUGCUGCAGGAACACCAAAUCAAAAUAAAGAUGUGACAGAUUGUGUAUAUUUAGAGAAUGAAGAUAAACCAGAAAUAAACCCCACUUUGGCACCACAAUUAAAUAAUGAAAUUGAUGUAAACAAGUCUAUACAGGAGAAUCUGAACAACCAAAAGGAAUCUGAGACAAACAAUGAAUUAGAAAGAAAAGAUAAUGUAAACGAUGUAUCACUCUCUCCUGAUAUUGUCAAAUAUAAUGAAGUUCCACUCAAACAAGCCAAAUCAUUUCUAUCAGAUGUUGAAGAAACGGAACCCUCGUCUGAUGAAGAUGCCACCCAUGCAGGUAGAGGUCCAAUUCCUAGGAAAGAAGAAAGUACUGAUAUGGAUUUUGAGUCUGAUAUAGAGAAAUUAGCAACACCACAUAAACUAGGACGUUCAGGCAUUAUAGGUGUAAAAGGUAGCUCUAAAAAAAGUGGUCCACUUCUGCAUAAAAAGUUAAAAACCAGACGACAUUAUGCAGAUAAAGAUAAAAUGAAAGAUGACAGUAGUUCAGCAUUUUCUGAUAGUGGUAAUAAAACCGGACAAAAGAAACAAGAAGAAGCCAAAAGAAGAAGAGUAGCAUUGUUCCGUAUUUUCAGCUAUCUGGAUUUUAAGACUUUGUGUCUGGUUUCCCAGAUUUGUCGUGAAUGGAAGCAUGUUAGCCGCCAUCCAGCUUUAUGGAAAAAUGUUAAACUGAAAAAUCACACCAUUUCAUCUUCAUUUUUAGUCACAAUAUCCCAGUGGUGCAAACAAACAGAAUAUCUCACAUUAGAAGGAUUAAGAACCAGAAGUCGUUAUGAUGAUGAGAGUCUUGAGGAAUACCAGAGAAAUAUAAGAGGCUGUGUUGAAGCAGGAUUAGAAGAAAUAUUAAAAAACUGUCAGGAUAGUCUGGUAUCAUUACGUAUAAUAAACUGUGGAAAUAUACUAACAGAUAAAUGUUUAUGGUUAGUAAGUGGUUAUAGUAGAUUAUUACAAAAGUUUCACUAUAUAAGUGAUGUGGAUCCUAUUGGACCAGAAACUUUAUGGGCUAUAGGUGGAGGUUGCCCGGGUAUAACUACUCUAAUUAUACCACCUUUAUUUCCCUGUAAAAAGCCUAAAGUUUUUAACAAUAAAUGUCUGAUGUUGUUGGCACGGUUUUAUCCUGAAAUGUUAGAAAUUGGUAUUGGUGGUAAAGAGAUUGAUCAAGGAGGAUUACUGCCAUUAGUAUCAGGAUGUCAACGUUUAACAUUUUUACAACUAGAUAAUAUGAAAGAGUUGACAGAAGAUUUAGCUACAGCACUUUGUCGUGCUGGUUUACGUCAUGUUAAUACACUAGAAUUACGUAAUAUGCCCAUAGCACCUAAAGCCAUUGUACAGUUUUAUAGUUCAUGUCAUCAUUUAAAGAGAAUACAGAUAGAUAUACAUUUUACUGAUUAUUAUGAAGAUAUAAAAAAUAAAAAACAGAGAACAGAUUACAAGAAAAAAAUACAACAAUUACAGGAUUUAAGAAAUAAAGCUGGUCUUGGUCAUAUUCUUAAAAUAUAUGCUGAACAAGUGGAAUAACAAACCAGGUGUUUCAAAGACAUUCCUUCAAAAUAAAUUUCUCUUCAACUUUUUAUGAUAUGUUGAAAAUGUGAUCUUUAUACUUAGACUAAAUGUGAUUGUUUUCAAUUAGAACAAUUCAGUGUUUAUACACUAGAAACCUCCUCUUGUUACAAUACUGACACUACUUGUGUUUCAGGGUAACUAAAAACAAAAAAUGCUGAAAGAGUAAUGAAGGAUCAGACAAGAAUCAUUAAUUUAAAAUACUGGUGUAAAAUUUGUGCGACUGACAAAUAAUGGUACAUGUACAAGAUUUUACUGAAUGUUACGUUUAUAUUUUAAAAAGUAUGGUAGUACUAUGUUAAAAUGUGAUGAUUUGUUAGCAUAGAUUAAAAAUUGGUUAUCAAUGAUUAUUUUUGUUUAACAAUAUAAACAUUUUUUUUGUUUUUUAAAAAUUGCAAAAAACUAAGAAAAUGUGUUGUAUACAUGUUUAUUUAUAAAAUAAAAUUUUUUU